GAGGCGCUGAGAGUAAACAAUAUGGCGAGCACCUUCCUAACGUGCUCUUACCAACAACAAAGUUCGAUCACUGUCACGUGAAUGUUUAUCCUCAAAGUACAAAUCGUGUCCUCAAUCGCAACACAUUUGAAGAAUUUUUUAGUAAUAGCAGGAUAGUCUGACGGGUGCACCAGGUCAGCCGAUCGAACGGGCACCGCUAGGGAGACUCUCUUCUUCUGUCACUGUCUCCCCGGGGCUAACUUCAGUACAACAGUCGAACUAGCACAGGACACGUUGCAUUUGCUCGGGGUCUGCGGUUUAGGACGAGACAACAGUUGUUGUUUACAACGAUGAGACGGAAUACAGUCACUCUGAUCAAAUAUAUCCUGGGAGGAACCAUCUUUUUCCUGGUCGGCCCCUUCACCCUGCGUUAUCUGUUCGGGGGGAAAGGUGCACGUGAAGACUUUGUUGAUGCUGAUGUUAAUCUGCCACACCCACACGAGGGGGAGAGACAAGCAGACCUUGCUAGGGGUGAACUCAAGCAGGUUGACUGGCAUGACUACAAGCUUAUAGCUGAGGAGCAGCAGCGGAAGGGCCCAGGGGAACAGGGUUCUGCAGUGAUACUCUCAACCGAGGAUGAACAGAAGAAGAAUGACCUGUACAAAGUGAAUGGAUUUAACGCAUACGCCAGUGACAAGAUCUCCCUACAGAGGGCGCUGAAAGACAUACGACAUCCAGACUGUCAAAGGAAGAAGUAUGUGAACAAGUUGCCGACUGCUAGUGUCAUCGUCCCCUUCCACAACGAGCACUGGUCCACGUUGUUACGGACCACAUACAGCGUCAUUGACCGGGCACCCAAACACCUCAUCCAUGAGGUCAUCCUGGUGGAUGAUUUCAGUACUAAGGAGUUUCUCAAGGAAAAACUAGAAAACUAUGUGAAGGAUAAUUUUGACAAUGUGAAGGUUGUCCGUGCGGAGAAGCGUGAGGGUUUGAUCCGAGCUCGUCUGCUCGGGGCGAAGGCAGCAACUGGCGAUGUCCUCAUCUUCCUCGACUCCCACGUGGAGGCGAACAUCAACUACCUCCCUCCACUACUGGAGCCGAUAGCUCUCAACAAGAAGACAGUGGUAUGUCCUUUCAUCGACGUCAUUGACUAUGAGAACUUCGCCUACCGCGCCCAGGAUGAGGGUGCACGGGGAGCGUUCGACUGGGAGUUCUUCUACAAGCGAUUACCUCUCCUCCCUGAAGACAAGAAACAUCCAGCUGAUCCAUUCAAGAGUCCGGUGAUGGCUGGUGGACUGUUUGCUAUCGACCGGGAGUGGUUCUGGAUGAUGGGGGGUUACGACCCGGGACUCGACAUCUGGGGUGGGGAACAGUACGAGCUUUCCUUCAAAAUCUGGCAGUGUGGAGGUGAAAUGGUGGAUGCCCCCUGUUCCAGGAUUGGACAUAUCUACCGCAAGUUUGCUCCAUUCCCUAAUCCUGGAGUGGGUGACUUCAUAGGCAGAAACUACCGCCGUGUUGCCGAGGUGUGGAUGGACGAGUAUGCAGAGUUCCUGUACAAGCGCCGCCCCCACUACCGCAAUGUCGACACCGGGGACAUCAGCGAGCAGAAGGCCAUCCGCAACAAGCUCAAGUGUAAACCAUUCAAGUGGUUCAUGGAGGAAGUUGCAUUCGACCUGGUCAAAGUGUACCCACCAGUUGAACCAGAGCCAAUGGCGGAUGGAGAGUUGAGGAACAAGGCCAGUAACUUGUGUGUGGACACUCGCUUCAAGGGAGCCAAUGAGAGGUUUAACCUGGAGCCGUGUAUCAAGGAUGGAGGCGGGGCUAAUGGAGAGCAGACGUUUGAGUUCUCUUGGCAUAAAGACAUCCGUCCAAAGAAGAGAACAGUCUGCUUUGAUGUGUCGCAGUCUAUGAAGAAAGCUCCUAUAAUCCUUUUUAACUGUCACAACAUGUUAGGCAACCAGCGCUUCAAAUACAAAGUAGGCACGUCUCAGAUCUACCAUCCUGUGAGCGGACAGUGUCUGGACGGCGACCCUGCCAGCCACGAGAUGUUUAUGAACCCGUGUGACGAGUCAAGCGAUACACAAAAAUGGCAAUGGGAAAAAAUGAAUACAACAAUAGUUUUAAAAGAUUGGGAUAUUCCUUUAGAUUAAUGAAAUUAUAAACUUAUUAAGUUUAAGAAAUGAAUUAAUUCGCUCAAGCAAUAUGUUUUGUUUGUUGAUUAUAUUAUGGUAGGCUGACUGUGGUGUUUGGAUGAAGGCAGUGUGUGGGGUGUGAGGUCACAUGUUUACUCUCACAAUUUCAAGGUUGCUAUUAUGUUGAUCAGGUACUAUUGACGUGAAUGUACAGCUCUCAAAUGUUGUUGUAGUGCAAAUUAAAACCACCCCCCAUUUAAGUGUUCAUCAGUUCAGUGUUUACAUAGCUGUCAUCAAACAGUGGCUAUAAUUUCACAGAUAUUUUACGUGGGAUCAACUUUAACGUUUUGGGUGUAUGACAUGUGAAAUAGCAUGUCACGUAUGUAUAAGUAUUGAUGAAGCUCAUGUAAGGACAUGGAUGAAGUGCUGUGUCAGACAGUCUCAGUGGACGAAAGUCCCAACAACAUAGAAACAACAGCUAUAGAGCAAGGUACCGAUUUCUUAGGCUAAACUUGGAAAGGUUUCUCGGGCAUUGACUUGUCUCUUUAAUUACGGCGUGUCGGUCUUUUCUUUUGGCAAAAGAAAGUGUAUUUUUCAUAUUUCAAACUUCUGUUCCUUGGUCUCUUUAAAUACUGGAAGUAUUGGCAAUAUAUAUGAUUUACAAAUUUGCUGCGUCAAAUGAAGCAAACAGUCUCAUAUAUACUUGACGUUUGCAACUGACCUGGUAUUAAAGAGGUCAGUGUGUGCCCAAUUUUUUUUGUAUUUGUUAGUAUUCCUUGUGGGGAAAGAAAAAAUGUUCUUCAACAAUAAAUAAUAAACUGAAGUCCUACCUUCCCCUCACCUAGGAGAAAAAUGUGCUGGAGAAAUGUUUGUAUUUUCUUAUGCAGGCUUACCACAGGGCUAUAAACAUAUCUCAUUACACUGGGAGUUCGUUGGGAAGCGGAUUAAUCCAUUUCAAGAAAUAUUUUGCCAUUCCUCCUUGAUGGGAGCAAUCUCAUUAAAAUCAGAUCAUACUUCUUGCUACCGCUAAACAAAGAUCUGAGGACAUCCCAUUACAGGUCACGUCAGACCGACCUUUCGCGAACUUUGACCAGCCAAUGGAAUGACUGAUAAGAAGUCAAAAUUAGCCAAUCAGAAGGCAGCUUUCACACUAGUUUCAAACAGGAGACUACGCUUCGAAACAUAUUUUACCAUCUUCUCGGUUAAAAAAUCUAAAACUGAACAAAAAAUCAUUCUGGAAUAACUAAUAGAUGGCCCAGAUUGUAUGGAUACAGUCAUAAAACCCGUAACUGGCAUUUGGAAUACCACGUGUUAGAUUUUUUGAGGUUGCAUGAUUAGAAAACACAUCCUUACUGUCACUUUCCUGAUUUGGUAAGUGACGCUCUGAUUGAUCGGAUGAAAGGUCUUUUGACGUGACCCGCAAUGGGAUGUCCUCGUAUCUUUGUUUCACGGUAGCGGAACUAAGAUCUGAUGUUAAUGAAAUUGUCAUGGGAGAUGUUAGAAAGUUGAAUAAAUGGAACCACUCAAGAUUUAUCAGCACGUAAUCAGGACGUUUUUUUAUGUUUUGUAGACCCUGAUGCUUUGUUGACUGUUUUGUGCUGCAUUUGUGUUGGUGACAGUUGAUGAUGUUUUGUUAGAAGUUACAUGUUGUUCCUGAAGUAGAAAUGAGUUGGAAAUAUUUGUUAUGGUUUUCCCACAAUAUUACCCCGAUGUAUUUUUACACACAAUAACAUGAUCAAUGCAAAUCCUGUUAUGCUGGACAAAGUUUCCGAUUGCUGAUGAUUUGAUGAACCUAAAAUGAUUAGUUCAUUGUUGGUUAUUUCAAGGAUUCCAAGUAAUUAGUGUAUUAUUUCUCUUGACAAGACAGUAGGAUAAGAGGCAUGACAUGAUAUUGGGCUCAAAGCCGACAUUCAUCCUGAUUAUGAUCAUUGGUUUGUUGGCACCAUACCGGUACCGUCUCUUCUGGGUUUCCCCAAAGUGGUAAAUGUCCAAAACAUGUGUGUCUUUUUCCCCACAUGCUGUGAUAUAACUGAAAUACUGUUCACAGUGCCAUGAAGCACAACUCACUCACUCACUUGGGCAGGUUCUGUCACCUUCAGCAGCUGUGACAUGUACUAUGCAAGUUGUAGUCACUGAAUGCUUGUGGAAUGUAGACAGAAUAAGCGGAGCUUGACCAGGGGGAUGUUUCCUUGACAGCCAAUCGUGAAACCCAGUCAUGUGAUCAAGUUUAUGGAAGCCAUGACCUUGACUGCUACAUUUCAUUUUCAGUCAGGUGAUCAUAAAAUUCUGUCAUGUGACCAAGUUUCUGGCAGCCAUGACCUUGACUGUAGUGUCAAAUCAAAAUUGUAUUUAAAUACAAAAAGCUGUCCAAUCUACCUUAUUUGAAGCAUAUACAAAUUGUAUGUGAUAGUGUUAGGUCUUGUUUAGGAUUCCGUGCACUGAAGGACAUCUGGUCACAAACAUUGCACAUUUAAGGCUAAAAAAAAUAAGAGUCUUGGUUCUCAGGCACCACAUGCACCAUCAGAAAGUCUGCCGCAACUUUCGCUCUUAUUUCCAUUUUAAAUUUAAAUAUAACUUUUGGACUUGGAAUAUUUAAGGAUUUUUUUAUUUUAAAAAAAAAAUGGAAAAAACCCGAAACAUGCAGUGAACUUUAUGAUGAUGCCGGUGGUGCCUGAGAACCAAGACUAUUAUAUUUUUUUUAGCCUUAAAAACAAUGCGAUUAAAUAUAGAACACAGUUACUUCCCUUUCCAUGCGCACAGCUUUACUGCUCAUCUUGUGUUAUGGUCAAGGCGGAAAUGCCCUGUGAACUGCUAGUAGUCAGUUAUGGGGGGUCUGGAAAUGCUCUGUUCUCAUGGAUGUGUGAAACCCUGUAGGAAGCAGGAUGUCCUUGUACAUGUAUAAGGAAGGUGUAUGUGAUGUACAAAUGUCAAAAUGUCCCUUGUUUAAAUUAUGAUAAUUUUACAACUGUGAUGUUGAAGUAACCAUGACAACAUUCUUUGUAUAAUUCUGCAUUUACCAUAUGUGAUAUAUUAUAUUUGUGCAUCAUGUCAAUUUACAAAAUAUCUUGCAACCACAUCUGGCAUAAAACAUUGCCCCAUUGUUCAAAUAUGCAUGUUUAAGCUAAAAUAAAUAAUAGUCAUGGUUCUGAGGCACCGCCCGCAUCAUCAUAACGUUUGCCGCACGUUUUGUUUUCAUAUCCAUUUUCAAGAAAAAAAAAAAAAAAUCCUAAUGCAUGAAAACUUCCCUCAGAUGUGCACUGCUUUACUGCGCAAUGGGAGUUUGUAU